AUGAAUUUCCGAGAACUUUGUAAUGACUUUUGUGUCAGUCAGGCUAAGAGUGUGAAGUACCUUGAGAGGGCCGCACAAGAGGUGACUUUACCCAAGGAUUCCCCGACAAACUACCCCAAGCUACCCUAUGAUGUGUCUAUUUAUAUCAAAAAGUUGAGUCUGUUUUUAUUUGAAGUGGCGAAUCGUCAAGAUGAUCCCAGGCUUCAAGUCUGUGAGGUACUCAAUCGAGUGGUACUCAGUAACGAAGAUAUCCACAACGCAGUUCGAAGAAUCUCAGAGGUGAUCAAGGCGCUGGAUCAUGAAAUCACACAGCUUGAACAGGUUUUCGCUAUGGUGAUUGAGAAUUUCGGUCAAGGUAUUUUUGCAUUGGCCAAGGGUGCUGGUCGACCAGGCAAGAGUCAGGAAACUGAAAAUUAUGAGGCCGGUCUAGCCAUGGUGAAAUUUUCUCGGAUGGUGAAUCCGCCAAGGCCAAAAAGUGAAGAGCUCAGGCAAGUCGAUCCCUGGAACGUUCCGUUGAACAGUGCAUGCGAUGUACGGAUAACCACGACCAAGGCGGGAAAGGAAUCGCCAAAAAUUCAACGAAAAGGGUCCAGAAGGGCUGAAGUGAAGCUGGCAAUUGGACGUCUUCAACGACUCAAAGAAGCUCCAAAUCCAGGCAAACCAGCUGUCAACCGCCAAGGCCCUUUGUCAGAUUUGCAACGUCUCGAGACGUCCAUUCUGGAACAGCUCUACGUGGUGGUAAAUUUUUGUGAAGACCAGCUACGGUACGCCCAUUGGUGGCUGGACUUUCUUGGAGGCCACAAGUACGAUUACUGCUACGAACAGUACAUUGAAAAAUGCCGCUGGCAGGCACAAAACUCCGGGCUUUUUAUUCAAAGAUUGACCCGGCUACGUCAGCAGGUGAGCGCUUUGGCUGGAUUUUGCAAUAGUGGGCCAAUUGACAAGGCUGAAGUUGACCAAUUCGUCCGGCUCGUUACGUCCAGUCUAGUUUUAUCCUCGGCUGAAUGGUACGAACAGAUGGCUAUAGGAUUUAGUGGAGCGCUGUGGAGCGAGAUCGAGAGAGAGUACGGAGCUGCCGUGCUAGCCACUGAGCGAUGUUUGUCAAUGGAAGUUGACAGUAACGAUGGCUGUAAGCGAAAGGCUAAUCAGAGUGACGGGGAAGCACCGUGUGAUUUGAAAUAA